UCUAUCGUCUGACCACAAUAUUCACAUCAUAGAUUUCAAUUCAUUACAAAACUUAAAAACCGUUGACAAAAAGAGAAGAGAUGGGAGCUGGUAGAAUGAUAAGGACAGCGGUUAUUUUAGCAGUAGCGUUUUUCAUGAUAGGUUCUGACAAUGUCCACGUGGCAGCUCAGGUGUGUGGAGCUAACUUGUCGGGACUGAUGAAUGAGUGUCAACGCUACGUCAGCAGCGCCGGACCAAAUUCUCCGCCCCCAUCUCGGUCGUGCUGUGCUCUAAUCCGUCCAAUCGACGUACCUUGUGCUUGCCGCUACGUUUCGAGGGAUGUUACGAACUAUAUUGAUAUGGACAAAGUUGUUUACGUCGCUCGUUCUUGCGGCAAGAAGAUUCCAUCCGGUUACAAAUGUGGAAGUUACACCAUUCCGAAGGCUUAUUGAAGAGGGAGGAAAACAGAAAUUGAAUUUUCUAUAAAAAUUAUUAAGAUGUAAUAGUGUCUGAAUAAUGAUGAUGAUGAUGUCAAGAUUUGGGUCUUGUAAUAAGUUUAUUUAAAUCAAAAUGGAGGAUCGGAAAAUAAUGAGACGGCAAUAUAUAUAGUUGCAAGUAAUAAAAUCAAAUCAUAGUGUGUUAA